CGUGGACGUUGCUGACUCGACGGCCGGCUCGGCGCCGCGCCACAUCAAGGUUUUGUGCAAUUUGUUCACUGGCUUUGUGUCUUACUGCUGCCAUGUUUGUGGAGAAACGGACGGCUGUAGGAACAUGUGGGUUUCAAAAUCUGCAGUAUGGUGAAAGGGGUUGCCUUGCUUGUCUUAUCUGUAUGGAAAGAUCCUGGGCAAAGGAGAUUUUGUUAUUCCAGGUCUUAUGAAAAAUGUUGUCCCUCGGAUGUACAAGACCCUUCAUGACAGGCCUGCUGAAAACAUUAAGGUGUCUCACACAGGGGUCGAAUUCUUUCCAGAAGAUCUUUGCAGGCAGAGUCCUAGCUUGUCCACAGAGUACAGAUUCCAAAACUGGCAAUGAGCACUGGCAUACAGGAAAGAGGUGGCAUUUCACAGUGGCUGGACUGCUAACAGGAACAGGUGGUGUACUGAUAUGGGGAUUGCACAAAAACCAGGUGGAACGAGCCAAGACAAAAGACACCAUUUCUACAGAGCAAGUUGACAACCAUGAGAUGCCUUCGGGGAAUAGGCAGUCUGGGUCCCAAACAUACACCAGGGCAGAGGUUAUCCAGCACAAGACUUUGGCUGACAGAGUGUGGGUCACCUAUUUAAAUGAUGUGUAUGAUAUUACUGAUUUUAUAGAAUUACACCCAGGAGGUGAAAGAAUCAUGCUGGCGGCUGGUGGAGCUUUAGAACCAUUCUGGGCCAUGUAUGCUGUUCACAAACAGGAACAUGUUUUAGACAUCUUGAAAGGCUACAAAAUUGGAGAACUUUGCUCUGAGGACAAAAGAGAAGCCAAUCUUAAUGCUUCUGACCCAUACAUUAAAGAACCACAACGUCAUCCUGCUUUUAGAGUGAACAGUUCCAAGCCAUUCAAUGCUGAGCCACCUGCAGACAUUUUAGCUGCAAAUUAUCUUACCCCAAAUGAUUUGUUCUUCAAAAGGAACCACCUUCCUGUUCCAGAUAUCAACCCUUUGACCUACAGACUACAGAUUGAGGGAGAGGGAAUAAAGUCCCUUAGCUUGUCUCUAGAGGAAAUCCAUUCCAAAUUUCCCAAGCACACGGUAAUUGCAACCCUACAGUGUGCUGGCAACAGAAGGUCAGAAAUGAACAAAAUAAAACAAGUCAAAGGCCUAGACUGGGGCAUAGCGGCCAUUGGCAAUGCAUCAUGGAGUGGGGCUAAGCUUUGUGAUGUACUGACUUCUGUAGGUGUUAAGGAAGAAGAAUGGGAACAUGUGCAUUUUGAAGGGUUGGACAAAGACCUUUCAGGUACCCCAUAUGCAGCCUCCAUACCUAUUCAUAAAGCUAUGGACAAACACGGGGAUGUUCUUCUUGCAUAUGAAAUGAAUGGGGAAGACCUACCAAAAGAUCAUGGCUUCCCUGUCCGUGUCAUUGUGCCUGGAAUAGUAGGUGCCAGAAAUGUGAAAUGGGUGGGCAGGAUAUUUGUAAGCAAAGAGGAGAGUACCAGCCACUGGCAGCAAAAUGAUUAUAAGGGCUUUUCACCUUCAGUGGACUGGGAUACAGUAGACUUUAGGACUGCACCAGCAAUUCAGGAUCUUCCAGUGCAAUCUGCCAUAACAGAACCCCACAAUGGUAGCAACAUUUCAGCCACAUGUGAAGAAAUCACUGUGAAAGGCUAUGCCUGGAGUGGAGGUGGGCGUGAAAUUAUUAGAGUUGAUGUCUCUCUUGAUGGGGGCAAGAGUUGGCAGGUAGCCUCCCUUACAGGGCAACAGCAGAAAGCAGGCAGGGCAUGGGCUUGGAAGCUGUGGACACUAACUGCUCCCUUGCCAAUUGGUCAAGAACAGCUGGAAAUCGUGUGCAAGGCAGUGGACAGCAGCUAUAAUGUCCAGCCAGAUACAGUGGCACCAAUCUGGAAUUUGCGUGGUGUUCUAAGUAAUGCCUGGCAUCGUAUAUAUAUAUCUGUUCAGAAAUAAACUACACUGGAGAAAAAGUGAAUAUGUAAACUGAUUUUUCAAGUAUUUAUAUGGAAUCAGCAUAUCUAGCUAAAAAUACACUUGCAUGAAGAUGAAGCCAUGAACUUAAUUCUCUAUACUGAAGAAAAUUACUUGCCACUUUAGUACCUGUUUGUGUUCUUUAAAGAACUGACAUUUUGUCAUUGUUGGCUGUCCACCAAAGCUGGUAUGUGAGAUGGUAUUAUUUGAUGGUACAGCUGCUUACCUCUUACUCCAGCCCUACCUCUUUGACUACCCAUCAUGAAGUAAUUUUCUGUUUGCUUCCAUAUUAUAUAGGCAGGGAGCUGAGACAUCCUACUGCACCAUCUGAGGAUUUUUCAUUAAUCCCCUAAACAUUCCUCCACAUAUCUCAAUGUAUCACAUUAGCUAUCUUGCACACUUUUUACCCUUUAUGUCUGUAUGGGGGAGUCAGCAUUAACAAAACUCCAUAUAUUCAGUCUGAGUGCAGGAAGACCCCUACCAUUUCAUCUCCCUGGCUGCCUCCUCAGUUACUAUGGCUCACUGUUUGACGUCAGGAUGCCAAACUCUAUAUUCAGGCCUAAAACUUCUACUCUAAUGGGGCUAUCAUUUAAAUAGUUAUGUUAAACAAUAGAAGUUCUGUAAUUUUAGCUGUCAAGGGUUGUUACUAUAACAGCAAGGGGUUAGUUAAUAGUCAUCAGUGCUUGGGUUUGGUAACAAAGGUGAAGCCUAAGUGACUCAGUGCUGAACCCCACUCAAUGCAUUGAGUAUAUCACAGCAUAACCCACACCAUAACAGUGUGUUAGUUUUCCUUCCUAUGUGCUUUUUGCUAUUCUGCCCACCAACCAUUAGCCCCUUUCCAGUGAGUCUUGGCCCUUUCAGUUCCUUGUUAGUGAUAAUGUGAUGACUGACUUGGGCAGGAGCGAGCAAUAGGAAGUCAGCAUCUAAGCCACCCCUAGACAAUCAAAGGCUGGGAGGCUGGCAUAAUGGUUAAGGUGUUUACCUUACAGAUGCAAGGUGCAGGGUUUGAUUUUCACAUGGGGUAAUUUGCUAGGCUUGAAAUGGCUCACAAGAGCAGUUAGCCUAGUUCUAAGCUAUGAACCUUCCACAGUCCCACCUCUGUCCUAGACUGUCUAGAGUCUAGACUAGCAAUCUAAGGGACCUGUAGGGGAGGGCUACUGUCAUCAUCAAAUCCUCUUUGUCCCUUAGCCCCCACUUCUGACUUUCAGCCUGCUAACAGCAUGCUAGAAGCCCAAAUUACAUGGACAGUUGGAACAUUUCUCUUUAAGCCAUAAGCUCAAACCUUGUGGUUGAUUUGAGUUCAUGCAUUGUCAUGGAGUCCUACUAUGCCCUCACUGUACAUGUGCAUAUUUCCAAAUACAUACAAAUCAUUAAUUUCAUCACCAGCUUGCUCUGCCAAGCCUAUGUCCCGUGGUCCAUUUAAAUCACUGGUGCCACUGAGCCUCCAUUUGCUGGUUGUAGAAUGCAGCUAGUAACUGGUAGCACAUUUCUUCCCACCAUCCAAAGCUGCUACUCAUCAGGGCCUUAUGUUUGUACACUGUGGAGCUAGGCAUACCCAUUGCAUUACUGCUGCUAGAAAAUGGUCAGAGUGCUUUAAACUUCUGUAUGUAUUUAUUAAAUAUAUGGAUAUGUUUGUGUGCGUGGUUUGCAUCACUCCCAAAAGUACAGGAUUUGCUGGGUCAUGUUCUCAGAAAACCUUGAGCCAAGUAUAGUUUGGUCCUCAACCUCCUUUCCACCAUUAAGCUGAAAAAUGGUAAUUAAUAUUUAAUUAAUAUGAUGGACACAUAAUACAGGUAAUCUAGUAUGAAUGCAUAAAGUCUGACUUUUUUUUUUUUACUUUUAUCGUCUCUGCUUGGACAAUGUAUAUGAAGAUUUACCAUUGCAUAUAGUAUUCACAGAAGUAUUAAAGGGCACAAAAUAAAAUUGUACUUAUGAAGUU